GUCUAUUUUAAACCUAUAUUCACUCGGAUUCGUUUGGUCAAAUGUUUUAUAAUCUAGAGGCAUUAAUAAUGUAAUCGCUUAUAGUCAUGAAAAUUCCCUUGCGGGUUAUAUUUAAGCAGCACAAUUUAUAUAUAUAAUAGUUUUAUUAAAAUUCAAUGUGGUCAUUUUGUAAAGGCUAAUUCUCUACAGAUGCUGAAAAGAAAAACGAUUUAUCCUUAAAAAUUAAAAUUAAAUUGCAAUUCAUCUUUUUCUUCUUUAAAGUUCCUAUGUUUAUCUUUUAUUCUAUUUACAUCCUUUAAAGUUAUAUUUUCCUACAAGUGUUGACAAAUAUUUGUUUAAAUGUUAAACGCAUACAUUCUGAACAUUAUUGUGGAUGAUCCCUGAAAUUUUUCACAUAUUUUAACAUAUUAAUCGGGCAACAAUUUUUUAGAUAUAUUAUUCAAUUUUUACUGAGAAAGAAAUGUUAUAGAUUUAAUGAGAUUUCAAAAAACAAGUCAAUUAGACAAAGUUCGCCUUUAUCAGGAUUCCCAAAGCGUAGACAAUGGCGUUUGAAAAAGUAUUUCAAUUUCACUUUAAAGGACUUACAUCACUCAAUCCGCUGCCCUCGCGUGACAAUGCCUCGUCUCUUUCUUAUCAUCGGCGUCUCUCUGGCUUUUCUGGCUGCAGCGAAUGGAGCACUGCUCCGUGGACUUGGUGAGUAAAAGAUGGUUUCAAAUAAUGUAUCGUCUUUUUUAAUAAAUUAAUUAACAGUCAAUAUGGUAAACACGUUAUGAUUUUAUAACAUAUUACUUAGUGUUUUUGUGGAGUGGAAACACAAAGGUGUGAAAGACACCUCCACAUAAUAUCAUAAAUAUAAUGUGAUAGACAUAAAGUCAUACAAAUGAAAUUGUAAACAUAAUAUACUAAACAUAAAUUCAUACAAAUAAAGACGUUACCAUACGGUCGUGGUCAGUGACUCAGUCUUUGGUUACUGCAUAGGACGCCACAUAUUCCUUUGCAUUUGUAUGGCGAUACUCAAAUGACGUCACGAAAUCUUGUCAAAGUGGCUAUGACAUUGUGCUCAUUGGAAACACCCAAAGUUGAGGAGAUUAGAUUACCCUAAAUGAUAAAGAAAGUAUGCAUAGCAUAGGUUCGUUACCUAGCGUUUCAUGAGGUCAUAGAUGUUUGUAAGACCUGCCAUGUAGACCUGCAUGUUUAUUGACUACGCAAUUUUGAUAAUAAUGUUGUUGUUUUUUAAAUUACGUAAAGUAGACCUGUAUGUAUGUUGACUACGCCGUGUUGACCUGUAUUUUGUUGACUACGCCAUGUUGAUAUGUAUGUUUGUUGACUACGCCAUGUAGAUCUGUGUGUUAGUUGCCCACGCCGUAAAGACGUGUUUGUUUCUUGACUACGCCCUGUAGACCUGUAUUUUUGUUAACUAUAUUGCGUGGGCCUUUUAACAAUGGAACCAGUCAUUCUGCCCUUACAGACUCAUUUUCGAUGAAAGACAGUUCGUUUGUUGAGAAGUGUAUUCAAUAACAUGUCUUAAAAUAGAUUCAACUAUUCAACAACAGGACUUAAUUUAUUCAUUAGAUAAAAUGUCAAACUUGAUUUAGUCAGUAGAUAAAAUGUCAAACUUGAUUUCUACAUUAGAUAAAAUGUCAAAUUCGAUUUGGUCAUUUAAUAAAAUGCCGAGCUUGAUCUGAUCUUCGGAUACAAUAUUUUGAAACAAAUUUAUACAUCUUGUAUGAUCAAAUCUAUUUUUGGAUAAUAUUUGUUAAAAUAACAGUAUAAAUAAAACAGUAUAUUAUGACCAGCUUAAGAGUGCUAAAACUCGGGCAUCAGUCACUGUUUCAAUAAAUGACAAUCACCAUCAUAUCCUUUAGAAGGGUUGAAUCAAAACCGACCAAUUGUGCGAGUAACGGUUUGAGCCUGACAAUGUUCUUAACGGAAUUUUUUAAAAACGCUGUUGAGGCUUGGUUAUUGAAACAUUUAUUCAGUUUUAAUGGAGUUUCUGUCACGAAAAGGCAUUCACAUAAAUAGAAAGUGGUAUCAACAAACAGUGUUAUCAACAGUUGUAUCAACGGUGGUAUCAACAGUAGCAUCAACUGUCGUAUCGACAGAUCAACAGAACGGGGAAACCAACUUUAGAGCUUGACGAUCUCUAGCGAAAACGCUGCAUGAAAACUUACCACGACGAAUCAUGUUCACGUGAUAGUGACUUCAUAAUUCGUCAAAGUCUCCCAAUCUUACGCUUGACGUGGGCAAUGGUUAAGGAGUGCGUUUUUGAGAAUCAGCUUAUUCGAUGGGAAGACUGUCCGAGACAGUGCAUACUUUGAACACAUUACGCCAGCAUCAUUCUACCUGAGUGAGACAGUACACAUUUUCAACUCAUUACGCCAGUAACACACAACCGGAACACCUGAAAGGGUUUAUUAUCCCCCCCCCCCGGGGUCCAUUCGCAAAACUGAUUUGAGAAGUGCUUAGAAAAUGUCUCCAUAUUGACAGCAAGAUGCUUGAUUUUUAAAGAGAUGUGGUGAUGGUGUGGUAUGUUGAGACUAUAAGAGGAAAUGGUGGUGUGGGCUGUUUAUAUUUAUGAGGAGGGUGGUGUGGGCUGUUCAGACUAUAAGAGGAGAUGGUGGUGUGGGCUGUUUAGAUUUAUGAGGAGGGUGGUGUGGGCUGUCUAGACUAUAAGAGGAGAUGGUGGUGUGGGCUGUUAAGAUUUAUGAGGAGGGUGGUGUGGGCUGUUUAGACUAUAAGAGGAGAUGGUGGUGUGGGCUGUUUAGAUUUAUGGUGGUGUGGGAUGUUUAGACUAUAAGAGGAGAUGGUGGUGUGGGCUGUUUAGAUUUAUGAGGAGGGUGGUGUGGGCUGUUAAGAUUUAUGAGGAGGGUGGUGUGGGCUGUUAAGAUUUAUGAGGAGGGUGGUGUGGGCUGUUAAGAUUUUUGAGGAGGGUGGUGUGGGCUGUUAAGAUUUAUGAGGAGGGUGGUGUGGGCUGUUAAGAUUUAUGAGGAUGGUGGUGUGGGCUGCUUAGCUUUGUGAGGGGGUGGUGUGGGCUAUUUAGCUUUGUGAGGGAGUGGUGUGGGCUAUUUAGCUUUUUGAGGGGGUGGUGUGGGCUAUUUAGCUCUGUGAGGGAGUGGUGUGGGCUGUUUAACUUUUUGAGGGGUUGGUGUGGGCUAUUUAGCUUUGUGAGGAUGAAGGUGUGAGCUAUUUAGAUUUGUGAGGAGGAAAGUGUGAGCUAUUUAGCUUUGUGAGGGAGUGGUGUGGGCUGUUUAACUUUUUGAGGGGGUGGUGUGGGCUAUUUAGCUUUGUGAGGGAGUGGUGUGGGCUAUUUAGCUUUUUGAGGAGGGUUGUGUGGGCUAUUUAGCUUUGUGAGGGAGUAGUGUGAGCUGUUUAACUUUUUGAGGGGUUUGUAUGGGCUGUUUAGCUUAAUAUGGUGUGGUGUGGGCUGUUUAGCUUAAUGAUGGUGUGAUGUGGGCUGUUUAGCUUAAUGAUGUUGUUGUGUGGGCUGUUUAGCUUAAUGAGUGGGUGGCAUGGGCUGUUUAGCUUAAUGAGUGGGUGGCAUGGGCUGUUUAGCUUAAUGAGCGGGAGGUGUGGGCUGUUUAGCUUAAUGAUGGUGUGGUGUGGGCUGUUUGCUUAUGAUAGUGUGGUGUGGUGUGGACUGUUUAGCUUAAUGAGCGGGUGGCAUAGGCUGUUUAGCUUAAUGAGGUUGUGGUGUGGGCUGUUUAACUUAAUGAGGUGGUGGUAUAGGCUGUUUAACUUAAUGAGGUUGUGGUGUGGGCUGUUUAACUUAAUGAGGUGGUGGUAUAGGCUGUUUAACUUAAUGAGGUGGUGGUAUAGGCUGUUUAACUUAAUGAGGUUGUGGUGUGGGCUGUUUAACUUAAUGAGGUGGUGGUAUGGGCUGUUUCACUUAAUGAGGUGGUGGUGUGGGGUGUUUCACUUAAUGAGGUGGUGGUGUGGGGUGUUUCACUUAAUGAGGUGGUGGUGUGUGGUGUUUAGACACUAAUGGGGGUGAUGGUGUGAGCUGUACAGGCUUUACAUUCAAACAGCUGCAUAAAAACAUUUCGUGUAUACAUAUAAUAUCUGUACAUGUUUUAUAUAUCAAAGCCUAAAUUAAAUGUCUCUCUAUAAUCUUUAAAAUGUUAGACCCAACCUUGGUAAAUCGACACACAAAUAAAUCUUCAUGAGAAAUAAACUCAUCGAUUCAGUCUAACAGUUUUCCUCUUUUCUUGUGAUUACAAUAUUAUGGCGCAUAAAUUGCUGCAUAUUAAAAGGGAUUGUUUGAUAUCGUAUUUAAAAAUUGUUUCGAAAGUAACUAAUGACACAAAUGUUUGUGUCUUAACAAAUUUAUAGCUAUUUUUCUUUAAACUAAAAAUGUCUAAAACUACAACCAAAAAUUGAAUAAUUUAUUCUUUGUUUUGAACGACUUGUGCAGCUCCGUGUCCUGACAAUCGCGUGGCUGGAGACACGUGGUAUCCGGAAGGUUGCAUGAAAUGUGACUGCUACGUUGAUGAAUAUCAAUGUGCCAGGUAAUCUAUCAUCUAUCUAUCUAUCUAUCUAUCUAUCUAUCUAUCUAUCUAUCUAUCUAUCUAUCUAUCUAUCUAUCUAUCUAUCUAUCUAUCUAUCUAUCUAUCUAUCUAUCUAUCUAUCUAUCUAUCUAUCUCUCUAUCUCUCUCUCUAUCUCUCUAUCUCUCUAUCUAUAUAUCUCUCUAUCUAUCUCUCUCUCUAUCUAUCUAUCUCUCUCUCUCUAUCUAUAUAUAUAUAUAUAUAUAUAUAUAUAUAUAUAUAUAUAUCUAAGAUUUAUUCGAUAUAAAAGAUAUAUAAAUGGUAUAACAUAUAUUAAAAUCAUUUAUGAAUUUGUAAAUAGAAGUCUUCAUGUUCCUUCCUUUCAGCUGCGGUGUCUAUGCAUUCGCCUACAACACAAGCAAGUGCUAUGAAGAACUCGAUGCAAGCAAACCCUACCCAGACUGCUGCCUGCCUAAAAUUGUAUGUGUCGGGGACUCUGGCUUCAACUCCAGCAAACUAGCUAAGCCGCCCGCCGUGGUUGCCCCGCCCGUUGUAGUUGCUAAAACCACCACCAAACCACCUCAAACAAAAGGACCAACUAAGCCCACACCUAAAACAACCCCUAAACCAACCCCUAAACCAACCCCUAAACCAACCCCUAAACCAACCCCUAAACCAGCCCCUAAACGGCCUAUUAAAUAGAAGCCCAGGAAACAACAAGAUAAAAACCGAAGAGGUUGAUGUACUCUAUAACCCUCCCCCCAUAAAAUAAAGUAAUUAACACGGACCUAUUACUUUAUGAUCUUAUGAUCAAUAGUAAGCCAUGGGAUUUUUUUUAAAAUUAAAAUAAAUAAAAAUAAAAAUUGUAUUAUUUUUAGAUGAUGCCUGUUUCUUACUAUUAAAAAAAAAAAGAUUUGUCAUCACGUGUCAUCAAAAUAAAAGUAUACAAUAAAAUUUGGCUGUUGUUCAUUCCUU